AUGCACUUGGAAGAGACAAGGCAUGAAGUGAAAGAGGCGGAGAGGAGUAGAGCAGCUGAUAUGAGAGAGCUCAGAGGGCUGUUGGAGGAGGCUGAGCGAAUGAGAGCAGCAGAGUAUCAGGAGUUGAGCGGACGGGUGGAAGUGAGGGAGAGGGAGCUGGCAGCAGCGUGCGGAGAACUGGAGGUGUUGAUAUCGUGGCGAAGGGCUUUGGUUCAGGGCAGAAUUGAAGUGGAUGUUGAGAAGGAAGUGAGGAAGAGUAACGGCGCCCAAAAGGAGACAUGGCAGAGAAUCCUGUCAGCAGCACAUGAGAUGGACCUGAACCUUGGGAGACUCGCGUGCAUCUCAGACGCCAUCCUCGGCCACCUGGGGCUACAGUUGACUAUGGAGGAUUGUGCGCACAGCUACGCGAAUGACGUGGGUGGGAAGCGAGGGUAG